GUCAAAAGGCCCUAUGUACUAAAAGAGUUACGCAGGGAUUGGCACGCUGCAGGACUUAUUUAAAUCAAUGAUCCCAGUCGCUUUAAGGGAAAAGAGCAUGUGCCUCUUAUUUGCCCGACAAAGUUUUCCCUCCAACGUUUGAAAUCUACACCAUGGAGAACAGCUACUUUCCAUUGACCGAGGAUCAGAUUCGAUCUUACAAUGAGAAGGGCUACUUGGUGAUCUCCGAGUUCUUCAGUGCCCCCGAAACAAAGCUUCUUCAGCAGUGGACUCAGGAAGUUCAUGACCUGCCCCGUACCCCAGAUGCAUCAUACAUGCCCUAUGAGGAAGUAAAUGCUCAGGGGAAAAGAGUUCUCUGCCGUACAGAGAACUACGCCAAUAGCCAUGCUGGCUUCAACAGCUUUCUUCGAGGCCAGCGCAUGUUGAGUGUCCUUGAACAACUGGCUACCGAGGAGAUGCUACUCUUCAAAGAAAAGAUUAACUAUAAACUCGCAGGAAGUGGUGGCUUUUCUCCCCAUAUCGACGCCAAUGCGUAUACCCAUGUCAAGAACAUUAAACAUUUGACGGUCCUUGCUGCAGUAGACGACAUGACCUCUGAAAACGGGGGCCUAGAUGUCGUAGAUGGCAGCCAUCGUACGGAGAUCAAACUGGGGGACGAUCGUUGCAUUGAACCCGCCUGGGUUGAAAGCCAAAAAUGGACUUCUUGCGACCUUCGACCAGGUGACAUUAUGGUGUUCGGAUCCUAUCUCGCCCACCGAAGUGGCCCUAAUUUGAGUUCGAAAGACCGGCGUGCGAUCUAUGCCACUUAUAACUGCAAGGCCGAGGGUGAUCUCCACGAUCAGUAUUACGAAGACCGAAGGAGGCUCUGGCCUGCCACCCACAUGAGGAAGGAAGGAGAAACUUACGAAGAAGGGCGGCUUCGAUAUGGAUAUGGAUCCCCCAUGCUGACCAUUGAAGGCCAAGCCCAACCUGUGGCGUAGGCCUCUCGCUCUAGCAGGUGAGAAUGCACUUGGUCCGGGGUAGGAGUGGUGUGUUCUAUCUUGGACAUCGAUUCUAUGAAGAAAUAACGUAGGGAGGAUAGUAUGUGUUAACGUAGUACUUGGAAAGAUGGCAGUAGAGUAGCAGGCUUUCCACAACUGCUUCACAUACAACAAUCAUCACGUAUAAUGCUAGACAGUAGAAAGGACAAAAAUAAGCAGAAUUAGAAAAUGCUCAGAUGAAAA